UGACAGUUCUGACGGAGUUUGAGCGGCAGUGGGGCACAACGUUUGAUGGGUGGAGGCACCACCACGAUGAUUGUGCAGAGGCGCAUGGCCUCACAUGUGAUGUCGACGGCAUGAUCACUUCCAUGAGGGUGGCGUCCCAAGGUCGCUCUCUGGGCUCUAUACCAGUGACCAUCAGCAACCUAACACAACUCACACACCUAUCUAUCACCUACUGUGAGCUGGCAGGCUCCAUCCCCUCCAUUCUUGGCUCUCUAACACUCCUUGAUGCACUUGAUUUGAGCAGCAAUAACCUGUCAGGGCGAAUACCUAAAUCCCUGCAACAGCUUGACAGACUACGCACCCUCAAUCUGAGCAGCAACCAAUUGAGUGGGCCGAUCCCAUUGCCUCUAUUACAACGACUCACUGACCUCACACUGCUGGACCUGUCGCACAAUCAGCUGUGGGGAUCCGUGCCGUCAUCUCUCGCCUCUCUCUCCAGGCUCAAGUUCCU